AUGAAUCCAUUGAACCGCCCCCAUGCACCCUUUGUUUCCUCGUCUUCGCCGCCAGGCUCGUCGAACUCAUCGAUACGACCAAGCAGUUCAGAUGCUUUCAUGCCCAAAUCUCAGGUAGCGGAGAGCCCUUCGAACAUCUCUCUGAGCGUCAACUACCAGCCGACCAAGUUUUCCAACACGUUGCUGCAACCAGGCCCGAGGAGACGGAAACCGAAGAGCGUAGCGCUGAACGUCCCCAAGAGAGGAGGGGGAGUCGAAGCAUUUAGGUCGGGAGAGGCGAGGAUGCCCGGCGAGGCAGACGAGGACUGCGACGGUGUUACCAGUGGCUGGUUCGGUGGCAGGAACGGCGGGUCGAGAUUCACCAAGAAACUGCGCUGGAACAGGUUCAAAUGGACGUUAUUCGUCGCGAACCUCGUCCUGACUUGCUAUUCCAUCGUCGGCCUCAUUUCCCUGCUGCUGACGUGGUUCAACGUCUGGGCAAACGCUGACAUCGUUCGCGUUGGGAACCGCCCAGAGCUCAUUGUCUCGACCAUCGCUGCCUGCUUGGGAAUACUGACGUCCAUCAUUGGCUGGGCGGGGAUCCUGCUCAACAACCGGUCUUUCCUCGCCGUGUAUACGUUCCUGCUCUGGAUCGUCUUUGCGUUUAACACCGCGCCGGGUUAUAUUACCUACAAACGACGGGAGCUUAAUCUCGAGGGGAAGAUCAACCAGCAGUGGUCGCAGGAUAUUGGUCCGGAGGGUAGGCAGCGGAUUCAGAAUCAGCUGGGGUGCUGUGGGUAUUACAGUCCGUUCGUUGAGGCGACGGUCUCGCAGACGUGUUAUUCUCGUUCGGUAUUGGCAGGAUGCAAGCUUGACUACCUUAAAUUCCAACGGGAGACGCUGAAGCGUUGGUACACCGUUAGCUUCAUCCUCGCUGGUCCCCAGCUUCUGAUUAUUGUUGCUGGACUUCUUUGUUCGAACCAUGUCACGUAUAGGUUCGGCAAAGGCAUGAUGCCGAAGGCUUACCGCCUCAGCAUGAACAGUAUGGCUGUCAUCAUGGAUAACUAUGCAAACAAACUCGCAGAGCAGUACGGAGAGGAUCUCGCGACAGAUGUUAUCUCCCGUUCCCGCUCUAACCUUCAACUCGACGGCAGUAUGGUCAACAUGCCGUACGCCAGCGCUAUACCUGCGUCGGCUACCCAUAACAAAUACGAUUCUGUCGGGUCCAGACCGUCCCGGGAGGGAACGUAUCCACAUUAA